AUGGCCGAACACCCUUCCUUUACCCUUGCCGGUCUUUUGGCGGCUGGCGGAACCGCCGGCUACCUGCGAACCCGCUCAACACCCUCUCUCGUCGCGGGGCUAGGACUGGGCGUCUCGUACGCCUAUGCCGGCUACCUUCUCAAGACCAACCAGGACUAUGGCGCCGAGCUUGCCCUCGGAAACAGCGUCCUUCUUACUGGAUCUGCUAUCCCCCGGAUAAUCAAGACGGGAGGUAGGGCACCAAUUCCUUUGGCCCUUGGUGCUGCUGGAGGACUGGCGACGUACUACUACCAAAAGAAGUAUCGCGAAUUUACGUAUGGAGUAUAG